UCAACAUGGCUGCCGCAGACCCAGAUCGCCACGUGAACGCAGUCCGUUCACGUUCCUACCAAGACGAGAGCUAUCCUCACUGGCUUCUCAGGGUACAGGGUGACUUACAGAAUGAUGGAGCAUAUCAGGAUGUUAUUCUUGAAGUCGAGGACCGGCAGUUUCCCUGCCAUCGGCUUGUUCUGUCCGCGGCCAGUCGCUACUUCAGGGCUCUGUUUAGAAGUGACAUGGCGGAAAGUCGUCAGAAGACGGUUGUUUUAAAGGGUUUGGAUGCAGGCAUGUUUGAGGAGAUCCUGAGUUACAUCUACUCGGGAACCCUCCAUGUGUCCCUGGACAGAUUGCAUUCCCUGUACCAGGCAGCCGACUAUCUCCAACUGGACUCUGUAAAAGACAUCUGCAGCAGCUACAUGGCCAUGAACGUGGAGCGCUCCACCUGUGUGAACCUGUACAAGAUUGCUGAUGCCUUCUCUGUGGACAGUGUUGUGGAAACUUGUCUGAUGUGUAUCGAUAAAAACUUUUCCGAGGUUGCCUCCAGCGAGGAGUUCUGCAGCCUGAGUGUAAAUCAGCUGACUGAGAUCAUCAGCCACGAUGAGCUGGAAGUUAAAGAGGAGACAACAGUGUGGGAGGCUGUGGUGAGAUGGGUGCAGCACAGCAGGGGGGACAGACUGCACCACCUACCCAGCAUCCUCCCUCACAUCCGCUUCAACCUGCUGACCUCAGAUGACACGGCAGCCAUCUUGGAACACCCCCUGGUCAAGGAGGAUCCUGGGAGCCUUGAGAUCAUCAGGAAUGUGGUACAGAAAGGCAACUCUGGCCUGAAGCCAAGAUUUGGGGCUGGUGCAGAGGAGAUGGCCCUAUUUUUUGUGGACGUCAGCAAGAUGCAGGGCAUUAACCCCAGAUCAGGGAAGUUUGUCAGCUGCAGUUUCACUGAGUUCCACUCUGUCGUCGGGGCAACCGUCACCGGUGACGAGCAGAUCUACAUCCUGGCUGCUAGGGAGGGUGAGGAACAGCUGUCCCUGCUCUUGUACAACCAACUGGAGGGUGUCUGGGAACAGAAGUCAACCGUGGAGAGGCUUCCUGAGAUCGAUGGAGAUACAUUCCUUUUGUACAUUGAUGGACAUCUUUAUUACCUUGCUUCUACCAUUAGCACUAUCGAAAAGACCGUUCGGCUCAAGAAGUAUGACAUCGACACAAAUGAAUGGCAGGACUGCGCACCGCUCAGGGUAAAGAUGAUGAUGUCUAUGCCAAAGGCCGUGUCAUGCGGUUUCCUCUACCUGUGUACCGGAGCAGAAAUGUACUGUUACAACCCCAGGGAGAACCAAUGGUCCGAGCUUACCCGACCGAUAAUCGAUGCAGAGUUCUGGACCAGUGCUGUCAUAGGUACUGAGAUCUUCUACUCAAACAUGGACUUCACGUUUAUGUUAGUGUACGAUACUGUUGCUGCACGGUGGAAGGAGCUUCGACUGGAAGCUCCGUCUUUACAAAGUCCUCCUGGUGCAGAGGACGCAGAUCGCCACGCUUGCAGUCCGACUCUCUUUGUGCAUGAGAACGAGCUGCACGCUUACAUGGGCUGUGAUCAGUAUGAACAGUCGAAAUGUCAGCAUGUGCUCGUGUAUGACAGGCCUGCAGGGGUUUGUAGAGAGGUGGAUGUCACCCUGCCUGAUGACCUGGACUGGCAGUCAUGUCAUCACGUCGUGGCGCGUGUCUACCUGCCAGGUGUGCAGGACAGGUGUGCUGACACACCUAGCACUGCAGGCGCAGGUGUGUGAUUGUACAUCACUAGUGCUGCUGUUAGUCUUUGCUGUAUGCCCUCGCCAAGGCUUAGAU